UCUCAUUUCCCAUUAUAUACUAAUUUGAAAUCACAAAUCUCUCUCAUCUCCCAAAAGUUCUUUGCUUAUUACAUCUGUGUAACCAAAAUUUUGAAAACCUAAGAAAAUGUCGCAUGUUGUAGAACACUGGUUGGAUGAGAAAGAUAAAGAAGCAUUACAACACAUUGAAGAUGUCACAAGCAAAGCCGACGAAAUCCAACGACAAAUUUUAACUGAAAUUUUGUCAACAAAUGCUAAUGUUGAAUACUUACAACAACAUGGCCUCCAUGGCUCUACUGAUGCUUCUACCUUCAAAAAACUUAUACCUCUUAUCUCUUACGAACAAUUAACACCUUAUUUAGCUCUUAUUGCUCAUGAUGAUGAUUCCCCAAUCCUAUGCUCAAACCCCAUUACACAUUUCUUUACAAGCUCUGGGACAUCUGGGGGAGAAACCAAGUUAAUUCCAAUGUAUGAGGAAGAGUUUGUGAGAAGGUUGUCUUUUUUUAACUAUAUGAUGCCAAGGAUGAAACAAUUGUUUCCAAAUAUCAAUUGGCAAAAAGGCAAAGGAAUGAACUUUCAUUUUGCAAAGCCAGAGUUUAAGACAAAAGCUGGAAUUAUUGUUCGUUCUAUAUUUACAAGUUUGCACAAAAGAUCAUCAAAUCUCAAAAGUAAACCAAUUGGGAAUAACACAAGCCCUGAUGAUAUCAUUCUCUGUACAGACUCAUUCCAAAGCUUAUACUGUCAACUUCUUUGUGGGCUCUACCAAAACGAUGUAGUUUUCCGACUUGGUGCUCUUUUUGCUUCUACGUUGAUUCACGUUUUUAAGUUCCUUGAAAAUCAUUGGGUUGUUUUGGCUAAUGAUAUACUAACAGGAAGUAUUAACCCCAAAAUUACAAACUUAUCAGUGAGGGAAUCAGUUAUGAAGAUUGUUGUAAAACCCAAUCCUGAAGUUGCUGAUUUGAUUGAACAUGAAUGUAGCAAAGGAAGCUGGGAAGGAAUUAUUAAAAGAUUGUGGCCAAACACCAAAUACAUUAAUGCUAUUGUGACAGGAAGUAUGUCACAAUACAUUCCAUUGCUAAAUUUCUACACCAAUAAUCUCCCUAUUGUUUCUGACCAUUAUGGUUCUUCAGAAUGUUUCCUUGGCUUAAACUUAGAUCCAUUGUGUGACCCUUAUGAAAUCUCCUACACUUUGAUACCCACCAUGGCGUAUUUCGAGUUCUUGCCAAUCGAUAGGACAAAUCCCAAUGGAGAAGUAACCCAACAAUUAGUUGAUCUUGUUGAUGUCAAGUUAGGACAGGAAUAUGAGCUCGUCAUCACUACUUUUGCCGGGCUGUACCGUUAUCGGAUGGGCGACAUCAUUCGGGUGACAGGAUUUACAAAAAAAGCCCCAAAUUUCAGUUUUGUAUGCAGGAAAAACGUGGUUCUAAGCCUUAAUAAUGAGAAAACAGAUGAAGCAGGGCUUCAUAAAGCUGUAGAAGAAGGUGGUCAUGUAUUGAAGCCAUUUGGAGCAACAAUUGUUGAUUACACGAGCUAUGCUGAUAGUUCAACAAUUCCUGGACACUACGUGUUAUACUUUGAAUUAAUAUUUGAUGAACAUAAUAAGGCACAAAUUUCCAAUUCCAUUCCAUCUUCAGUGUAUGAAGAUUGCUGCUUUGCCAUUGAAGAAACCCUUAAUUCACUCUACCGCCUUGCAAGAUCUCAUGAAAAAUGUAUCGAUCCAUUGGAGAUUAAGAUUGUAAAGGCUGGAACUUUUGAAAAACUCAUGCAGCUGGCCAUCAAUCGAGGUGCUUCAAUCACUCGAUACAAGACACCUCGAUGUCUAAAUUCUAAACAGAUCCACAUCAUCCAGCUUUUGGAAUCAAACCUUGUUUCCAAUUAUUUUAGUCAAAAAUCCCCUAAAUUGGAUGCUAAUCGUGCCCUCACUUUUCUUCCCUAGCUACUAAAUAUGUAUUUUUCAUAAGUUUCGUUUUUCAUUUGGUUUGCUUUGUUAACCUAGGUGUGACAUAUACGUCCACAUCAUCUCUACUGCAUUCAAAUGGUUCAUAGUUGUCCACUAUAAUUGGUUUUUUAAUGGUAUGUUG